AUGAUAUAUGGCAACGAUAACAAUGCAAGUACAAACAACACCAGAAAUAUUAACAACAUAAACAACAACACACAUCUCAACACCACAAAUCUCAACAACACAAAUACCAACACAAAUCUCAACAACACACAUCUCAACAACACAAAUACCAACAACACAAACCUCAACAACACAAAUUUAAACAACACAAAUUUCAACAACACAAACCUCAACAACACAAACACCAACACAAAUCUCAACAACACACAUCUCAACAACACAAAUACCAACAACACAAACCUCAACAACACAAAUUUAAACAACACAAAUUUCAACAACACAAAUAUCAACAACACAAAUCUCAACAACACAAAUAUCAACAACACAAACACUAACAACACAAAUCUCAACAACACAAAUUUCAACAACACAAAUACCAACAACACAAACCUCAACAACACAAAUUUCAACAACACAAAUUUCAACAACACAAACACCAACAACACAAAUCUAAACAACACAAAUCUAAACAACACAAAUACCAACAACACAAAUUUCAACAACACAAACGUCAAUUACUCAAACGUCAAUUACGCUUAUGUCAACGCCACCUCAAACAUAAAUCUGAACAUCACACACAACACCAAUACAAACGCUAGUAGUUUCAACACAGCAAACAACAUAGCUACCAAACUACAAAUAUUAAACAUCAAAAGCAUAUACUGUACCACUUUAAUUAAUGAGUUCUACAAUGAUCAUAGAUUCCUGAAACCAAUCGAUCACCUGUACAACACAAGACGUCGAGCAGAAGGAAGAUACAAAAGAUUUCUAAUGCUCUCCGAAGAGCUUGAAGAUUAA